CAAGAGCUUUACCCACAAACAAACCUCCCAAAAUGUUCAAGUUUUUCGUUAUUGCCGCACUCAUCGCCUGCUGCUCGGCCAAGCCCGGUCUGGUGGCUCCCUUCAGUCUGCCCGUGGGUGGCGUGCCUCUGGCCACCGCUCCAGUGCCCGUGGUGACGGCUCCCCUGUCCGCCGCCGGUGGCAGCAGCCAGGUGGAUGUCCGCAACAACUACGACGGCACCCUCUCCUCCUACACCAGCCGCUACGUGUCGGGUGUUCCCGCUGCCCCCGCGCUGGUGUCCGCCCGUUACGCCGCUGCUCCCCUGACUGCCGCCGGAUACGCCGCUCCCCUCACUGCUGCCGCCGCGUACUCCACCCCCUACGCCACCCAACUGGCCGCUGCCUACUCCGCCUACCCUUACGCUUCGCCCUACGCCACUCCCUACGCCUCCUACGCCUCCCCCUACCUGGCAUCGCCCUACGCCGCACCCCAAGUCCUGGUCUAAACGCUAACUACACCCAUAGCCAAAUUCAUGUACUAACUUCUUGAUUAAAUGCGAAACUAAA